AUGCCAUCUGCGAACAAAGGAAAAGGAAAGGGUCGUGAUGUGCGACCGUCGCGCAGCCGCAACACGACUCCCAGCUCUGGCUUCAGCGCAGCUCCGACCGCAACCUCCGCCCCUCUUACCAGCUACCUUGACAACGACGCAUCCAAACUUAUCAUCCCCACAACAGUACACUAUGCGGAUAUUCUGGAACGUAUGGGCGGAGUGGGACCUAUCCCUGAUUCAAGGUCUUUGGAGUCCUUGGUGGAACACCUCAGGUCCCUGAGUCAAUCGGCGGAGGCUCGUGGUGAUGCCUGCAAUGCCGGGAUUAGGGAGCUAUCCCAAAAGCGCAAGGAAGUGGUAGAUGAGCCCGAUUCGUUUGAUGGUUCCGAACGCGUGAAGAUGAAGCGUGAAGCGGAGGAGGACGACGAAGAGACCAAGUCAUCCAAGUCGGGGAAGCUUAAGAAGCGAAAGGAACGGGGUAGUAGCUCGAAGGAGGAGCGCCCGUUGACAUAUGGCGCUCACGAAAUUGGUCGCCAGGACGGUGGAGAAACGAAAGUUGAAGGUGCUGCAUCCCCAGCUUCCAAAAAGUCCAAAAACGCAGUAUCAGACGAAACAUCUUCACUCUCCCCGCCAUCAUUAGCCUCACCACGUCAGGACAAUGACGGUGCAGAUGCUGCUUCACCCAAAUCCGAUGACAGCUCUGAGUCGCAUCAACCUGAACCAGCUCCGGCUGUACCUCAAAUCCAAGUCUUCGGCCCCAAUCCGCUCAAAUUCGAUGAUCCCACGAUAUAUCACAUUCGAGACAUCACGCAAGGAAUGACGGACGAUGAGAAGAAGGAGAUAUUCAGCGUCAAUGCUUUUCCAGAAAGCGACUUACGCCACCUAAUGGCUGGAAUUCCUCCGGACCGUGAUUUCAGUAAUUCUAAGCCCACCAACCAAGUUAACGCCAACACCUUUCUUCUCUAUAUCGAGCCUUAUGUACGACCGAUGAUGGAGGAAGAUAUAGCUUUCUUAAAAGAAAAGGGUGGCCGAGUCACGCCAUUCAUAAUGCCAAAGCGAGGAAAGAAACACUAUACGGAUGUGUGGGCUGAAGAAGACGGUCUAAUGAAUAUCGAUCAAGCAAACGGCGACCGAGAGAAGUUACCUUUAAACGAAGGCCGAGGAAAUAUUGAGCAGGUUACCGAUGAGACAGCGGAGACAGAUAAAGUGUCCGUGGGCCCGUUGGUCAGUCGUCUCUAUUCUUUGUUACGAUAUGAGCAUCGUGCGCCUCCCGAUGAGAAUGCCACCAAUGGCAACACCAACGGGGAUAUGUCGAUGAAUGGUCAGAACGGAGACUCAAUGGAUAUCGAUAACCCAGCGGGAGAGUCAGAAAAUAAACACCAGGCGUCUGCAACUUCGUUUCGUGCCGCAUCACCCAGCGGUUUCAAGGUCCCGGCAGCCAAACUUGACCACGCACAGCUAGACGAGCGACUCAAAGCGGAGCUUCGGCACGUCGGUUUCCUCGGAGCCGACGACAACCCGGAUUACGAUGCUCACUAUGACGAUGACAUCGCCCAGCGCCUCCGUCUUUUACAAAGCGAGCUCAAGAAACAGAUGAUCAUUAAUAGCGCACGUAAAACAAGAGUCCUCGAGGUCGCCCGCGAGCGCAUGGCUUUCCAGGAGUACAUGACCAUCCACGAUGAUCUAGACUCCCAGGUCCAACAAGCUUAUCUAAAGCGGACCAGGACUCUAGGAAAGAGCAAGAAGGGUUCCCAGGCGAAACAUCGACCCGGUGGAGCUGGCGGUGGAAGCCACGUCGUCAGCGCUGCUGGUAUCAGCCGGCCUGCCAUUGGAGACGUUGCUCGAACGCUCAUGGACCGCCGCAAGCGCUGGCGCGACUGCAUCGGGCCUGUCUUCAAAGACUGCAAAACGACCGUCCCUGGAACAAGUGACAGCAUUUUUACACCAUCCCUUAUGUCAGAGUAUGAGAAGAUGGAAGUGGAAGGAUGGGAUGAAGAGCAAGAGUGA